AUGUUAAACCCAGCGACCGCACUGAAGGAGCUGUCAAACUGUCAGCUCCUUGCACACCUGAAUGGCCUCAUUGCCGACGCCUCUUUUCGCCCCCUGUUGCGCCAACGUGUGGAGAGAGGUCCCCUGCUGGUGAGGAGACGGCAGCAGCUGGCGACGUGUCUCCUGCUCCAGCCCCAGGCCCUGCCUCUGCUGCUGCUGCUUCUACUGCCCCUGCUGCCGGCCUCCGCCGCCCCCGCCGGCGAGCGCACCUGCCCCAUCAGCUGCCGUUGCGAGGGCAAGAUCGUGCACUGCGACUCGCUGGCCUUCCAGGAGGUGCCCGAGAACAUCUCGGUGGGCUGCCAGGGCCUGUCGCUGCGCUCCAACCUGCUGCGCACGCUGCUGCCCUACCAGUUCGCCCACCUCAACCAGCUGCUCUGGCUCUACCUGGACCACAACCAGAUCGCCGCCGUGGACAGCCGUGCGUUCCAAGGGGUGCGGCGCGUCAAGGAGAUCGUGCUGAGCACCAACCAGAUCUCGCAGCUGCACAACGCCACCUUCCACGGCGUGCCCAACCUGCGCAGCCUGGACCUGUCCUACAACAAGAUCGACGCGCUGCAGUCGGGCCAGUUCCAUGGCCUGCGCAAGCUCCAGAACCUGCACCUGCGCUCCAACUUGCUCCGGGACCUGCCGCUGCGGCUGUUCCUGGAGUGCCGCAGCCUGGAGUUCCUGGACCUGGGCUACAAUCGCCUGCGCGUGCUGACCCGCACCAUGUUCCUGGGCCUGUCGCGCCUCAUGGAGCUGCACCUGGAGCAUAACCAGUUCUCCCGCAUCAAUUUUUUCCUGUUCCCGCGGCUCACCAACCUGCGCUCCCUGUACCUGCAGUGGAACCGUAUCCGCGGCGUCAACCAGGGGCUGCCCUGGGCCUGGCACACGCUGCAGAAGCUGGAUCUGUCGGGCAACGAGAUCCAGACGCUGGACCCCGUGGUGUUCCAGUGCCUGCCCAACCUGCAGGUGCUCAACCUGGAGUCCAACAAGCUGGCCAACGUCUCCAUGGAGACGGUGGUGGCGUGGGACUCGCUGACCACCAUCAGCCUGGCGGGCAACAUGUGGGACUGCGGACCGGGCAUCUGCCCGCUGGUCAACUGGAUGCGGAACUUCCGGGGCACCAAGGACACCAGCAUCAUCUGCAGCACGCCCAAGCACCUGCAGGGGGAGAAGGUCCUGGAGGCCACGCGGCACCUGCCCGACUGCGAGGACACGGAUAUGUACGAGAGCACCACCUACCUGCUGGCCACCGAGCCCGACACCCCCGAGCCCGAGACCGAGCCGACCGAGACUGAGGAGCAGACCACCCCGUACUUCAGCCACUUCUUCCCCCUACGUCCCCCUGUAACGCCCUCCCCCAAGCCCCACAGAGUGCACCCUCCACCCUUGCCCCAGCCCCAGCCCCAACCCAAAGCCCCGGGCCUCAGCUCGUCAGGCAGCAGCUCUGAUCGGAGACAUCCACCGCCGCCCCCGCCUCCUCCCCCCUCCGAUCUGGAGGCCACGUUCCCUCCGGACGACUUCUCUUCUCUGACGCUGCCGCCGGAGCCCGAGCGCAUCUCCUUCCACAAGGUGGUGGUGGGCAGCGUGGCGCUGUUCUUCUCCGUCUCGCUCGUCUCCACCGUGGUGUACGUCUUCUGGAAGCGGCUGCCGGGCCUCGCCAGGCUCUUCCGGCAGCGGGCCGCCACCGGCGUGGUGGUGGGCCGCAAGCGGCGGAAAAAGAGCCCCCCCGAGCCCGAGCAGAACCUCAGCUCGCAGCUGCAGGAGUACUACAUGAGCUACAACCCCGCGGCCUCGCCCGAGGGCAUGGACGUGCUAGCCAAUGGCACGGGGGCGUGCACGUGUACCAUCUCGGGUUCGAGGGAAUGCGAGAGUGACUUCCCCUGCCCGAGGCCGCUGCCGGGAUCUUGGCUAGGUGACAUCCCAACCAUCCACUAG